AUGGGAGAACGUCCUGUUUCUGCUGGGGACAGCUCUGAGCCCACCCCCAGAGAAACUCACAUCCUUCCCACAGAGACAAUCCAGAUCAGAGAGAUCGACAUGUCCAGAGACACAAGAGAGGCCUCGGAGACGGAUCAGACCCCAGAGGCAGCCACAAGCCAGACCGUGCCGGAGAAGACGGACAGCAUCGUCCACGACACCAAGCUCGCUGCCCCGGCACUCCUGGGCCCUGUGACAGACGGUGCCUCCUCCGGUAGUGAUGCCUCGCCCGUCGAAACCGACCUCAUGGCCGCAUACAGCCGCUUUGCGCCCAACCAGCGCAUCAUCAUCAUUGCCGUCGCCAGCACCAUCGGCAUGCUGAGCCCUCUGAGCUCCAACCUGUACACGCCCGCCAUCCCGGCCGUCGCGAGGGACCUGGGCGUCUCCACAGACGCCAUCAACCUGACCAUCACCUCGUACCUCGUUCUGCAGGGCAUCAGUCCCACGCUCUGGAGCUCCAUCGGCGACAGCACCGGCCGCCGCCUGCUAUACCUCAUCGCCCUCACCAUCUACCUGGCCUCCUGCAUCGGCCUCGCCCUGUCCUACAACUACCCGGCCGUCGUCGCUCUGAGGGCCAUCCAGGCCAUCGGCUCCGCCUCCACUACGGCCAUCGGCGCCAGCCUCAUUGGCGACCUGAUCCACGUCAGCCGCCGCGGCAAGUAUAUGGGUAACUACAGCGCCCUCGGCGGCGCCAGCACCGCCUUUGGCUCCGUCAUCGGCGGCUUGUUCGCCCAGUACACGGGCUGGCGGGGCAUGUUCAUCUUCAUGUCCGCCCUCGCCGCCUUCCUUCUGCUAUUCACCGCCUUGCUCCUCCCCGAGACGAAGCGUGGCAUCGUCGACGACGGCUCCGUCCAUGCCCCUCGUUACCUUCGGGCCCCUCUCAAGUGGCUCGACGCGCCCAAGAAGUCCCCCACAGACGCCGCCGUUGCCAGACCGGCCGCCGCCAAGUUCCGUAUCGACAUCGGCGCCCCCGUCCGUCUGCUCGUCGAGCCCGAGUGCCUGUGCAUCGUCCUCUUCACUGGCGUCUGCUACACAGUCUGGCAGGUCACCAUGGUCGCCACCGCCACCCUCUACGCCGAGCGCUAUGGCCUGAACGAGCUGAGCAUCGGCCUGACCUACAUCUCCAACGGCGUCGGCUCCGUCUGCGGCAGCGUGCUCACAGGGAAGCUACUGGACCGCGAGUACAAGCACCAACUCAAGAGGGAGCAACAGGCAGCGGCAGCCCGGCCGGCCGAAGCCGACGACGGCUCGCCUCCCGCGAACGAAGUGCAGCACAUCGAGCUCGCACGCAUUAAGCCCGUCAUCAUCCCUACCAUUGGGUAUCUUAUCUCCGUCGUUGCCCUAGGCUGGAUCAUUCAGUCCAACGUCCACAUUGCCGCAUCCAUUACCAUGGCCUUUUUUGUUGGAGGCCUCAACACCAUCAUCUUGGCCGUGUUCUCAACUCUUAUUGUCGACCUGUUUCGGUCCCAGAGCUUUAGCGCCACCGCCUCUAUGAACCUCUCACGCUGCCUCCUGUCCGCCGGCGGAACCGCCGCCAUCGGGCCCCUAAUCCGCGCCGUCGGCGUCGGCUGGGCCUUUACGCUCUGUGCCAUCAUCGCGCUGUUUUCAUGUUCUUUCGUCGUGUUAGAGCUGUGGCGUGGUCGACACUGGCGCGCGAAGCGGACGGCGGCGGCGGCUCAGAGGGAGAAGGAAUUUCAAUGA